AUGACGACCCCACACGAUACUACUCAGCAGUUUGGGGAUCAUGUUUCAGACGAGGGCCCUUCUGGUUCUGGUCAGGAGGCUAGCUAUGAUUAUGAUGGACCUGAUGGAGCUUUUCGGGCCAUCGAAGAUUUAACACAGUUGACGCAGGCACACGUUCGUGCGACUCCUGGUAGGGAGAAGUCUUUGUACGAGGAGUUCUGUACCCAUAAGCCACAUUCUUUCGAUGGUAGUACUGAUCCGUGGGCGGCGGAGUCCUGCAUCAAUCAGAUCGCCAGAAUUUUCACUGUACUGAUUUGCUCAUCCGAAGAGCAGGUUGAUCUUGUAGCGUAUAUGUUGACAGAUGAGGCUUACGAGUGGUGGCAAAUCACUCGUCCAUUAUUAGUAGCCGGGGGACCUCUUACUUGGGAGCGGUUUCAGACUGCAUUCUUUGAGCAGUACUUCCCAGAGUCAUUCCGAGAUGAGUUGGAGGCUGAGUUUGCCACUGUUGAGCAGGGAACUGAUACUGUUGCUGAUUAUGUGGCCCGUUUUACUCAACUUUACCAUUUCUCUCAGCCUCUUCCUGAAGAUAAGAAAAUGAAGAAACUUAUUAGGGGGUUCAAGCCUAGUAUCAGAAAUCUAUUAUCGGUCCAAGGAUUGCCUUCUUACACCCAGGCGAUUGAUCGUGCAUGCACAGCUGAGAUUAAUGAGGGGCACGAUGCACGAAAGAGUGGGGAAUAG